AUGCUGCACAAGUACCGUGCCCUGGGCCAGAGUUGUGGGAACCUGACAAGCCCUUCAAUCGCUCAUCUGUAUCUCGCCAGUGUCGCCCGGGAUGUGGAGGCCAUGACCACGGCGCUGAUGCCACAUACGAAAGGGGUGGUGGAAGCGAACAUGCCGCAGGUCCAAUGCCUGGGGUGGCCAUUUCCCGUGCAGAACCCCGAACAUAAUGCCCAGAUCAACAACACGACGCCGAUCCUCCUGGUUAACGCGCAGUAUGACCCGUUGACCUGGCUAGCCUGGGCCGUGGGAUUGCAGGACCAGAUCCGGAAGAGUGUGCUUCUCACCCGCGCGGGCGAUGGUCAUACGUUCUAUCUCCUUCGCGGGGAGACGUCUCGCGCCAUCGAUGCGUAUCUGGUCAAUUUGACUCUUCCCAUACCUAAUACCGUGCUUCCCAGCUGA